UCUUUUAGUCGCAUUUGCGAAAAGAGCAAUCCAAGAUCCAGACUUGAGGAUGGCGCACAACGUGCAUAGGAUGUCAUCACUCUUAGGCGGUGCACUUUUCAUAGCCGAUGAUGUCUUCCCCGGAACUCCAGUCCUUCAUGCUGGCUGGCAUGUUGCUGCUGCUGUUGGAGUUAGCACCUGUAACAAGGUUCUAGAGUAG